AUGUUGCUCCUCCUCCUCCUCCCCAAACAUCCGCUCUCCGCCGCAGUGUUUCCAACCGGCAACCCCUGCCUUGAUCUCUAUUUUCGCGUCUUACCAAACACCCGAGCCCCAUACAAAUAUCUCGACCAACUGCUGCAGCUGGCCUCGUCCCACGACUCCCUAACCACACUCAAGCUCAUCUGCAACCUCCGAGACGACGAUUAUGAUCUCGGAAAAUACUAUUUACAAGCGUUUUACAGGAAGGCGAUUUGGCUCCACCACAACCACCCCAAGACUUUAGCCUGCAACGCCGACACUAUCGUCUCCGAGUUUUCCAAGUCAGUCGGGACUAUGGAUGACCUCGUCGAGAUUCUCUACCGCCUCAGUAAGAAAGACAAUAAUAAUACCAUCGCCAUGAAUAACAGCAACUCGGAUUAUCGGUUCCUACACGACCGGGUUUCGGAUAUAUUCGCGGACUACUUAAGGGAAGAUAUUCAAAACUUGGAGAAGCAGCAGGAGGAGAUACUAAGCUCAGCUGCCUUCGCAUGCCCUCCUGUCGGCUCCUCCCUCGACCGUGCCACGCUGCUGUGUGAAAGCAUUGCGAUGAAGGUUUUUCCGAUAGAAUCCCAAGGGCUUCAGGAGGCACAUUACACGGACAGAGUCCGAGAUCGGCUGAGUAAGGAGGUGCUGGUGCCCUUGGCAGAGUUCUUGAGUUCUGAGGGCUCUCAAGCAGGGGGCUGCCCGAUUAAAAAGUAUUUGGAGGACUUGAAAGCCUCCAAGAUUGAGCUUGAGGCCGAUGCUCUGCUUCCACAUGAGAUCAUAGGCUAUGUGAAUGAUGGGGAUGUCGGACAAGCGGCUGAGCUUCAGUGGAAGGCAAUGGUGGAGGAGGUCUACUUAAAGCAGGGCAAGUUCAGCAACUGCUUGGUUGCGUGCAACGUCUCGAGUGGACUCUUCAAGGAUGUGUCUGCGGGUUUGGCUGUGCUGGUGUCUCAACUGGGUGAAGAGCCAUGGAAAGGAAAGGUGAUGGUUGCUGGAAGUCGGAUUAUGACGCAAUACAAAGCAAUUUUAAGGAGAAAGGGUACGGUGAUGCAGUGCCACAGAUUGUGUUUUGGCAGCUAG